UGUGUUGGUGAGUGUCCCUCCGUCCGUGUGUGUGUGUGUUUGUGUACGUGCGCCGCGCGCGUGUGUGUGUGUGCGCUCUUGCUGUGUGUUUGUGUGUGUGUGUGUGUGCAAAGGAUAACAACACCGACGUCGUACGUACGUGUUUGUUUGGUCGUCGCCGUUUGUUUAUUUACAAUCGUGUGUAUUAUUUGUGUGUGUUCGUUGUCCGGCACAACAGUCGAAAUAGCAUUGCUCGAUCAGCGGUAUUCGCACGCUAAUACUGUCCAAGCAUUCCAAACAUUAUACCGGCCGGCGGCGACGACGGCGGUGGCGGCAGUUCGCAAUACACGACAAUAAGAUGCCCUAAGCGGCGUCUUCGGCUUGGUGCAGCCAGUACGUGUUUUCAAUUGAUCCAGCCAAUAGCAACACCUGUCCGACGUCGAAUUCCCGUUCGGAACGAAAAGUGAUUUUGUGCGUUAACGAACAGUUGAAUUUGUUUCGCGUUACAACCCUUCCCAUUCUCAUGGCGGCCAUCAACAGUGGCAGUAAUAAUAGCAACAGCAACAGCACUAGUGCUGGCGGCAGUAACAUGUACCGCGUUGGAGAUUAUGUGUACUUUGAGGCUCAACAGCAGCAACAGCAACAGCAGCAGCAACAAUCUAUGCAUCAUCAACAGCAGCAGCCAUUCCAAAUACGUAGAAUCGAAGAGCUCAAUAAAACUGCCGGUGGUAAUGUUGAAGCAAAAGUCAUGUGUUUUUAUAGGAGACGAGAUCUCCCAGCUCAACUUGUCGCGUUAGCUGAUAAACACCAACAGCAUCAGCAGCAGCAACAAUUGUCGUUGACUUUAUCAUUAUCUCCUGGUGGAAGUAGCGCCAUUAAAGGAUCUGGUAAGCAGUCAUCUACCAUCAAAUCUUCCUCAGCCAGUGAUAAAGAUGCUAGUACGGAUAAGAAAGAACAAGACAGUAGUGCUAGUGGGGCUUUACCAAUGGUGAAAAAAGAGCAGCAGAACGAAGAACAAUCUGCCAGUAAAAUAGAAACAUCUGAAAUUAAUGAAAGUGUAAAAGAAGAACAGCAACAACAACAGGAUGUUGAAAUGCCAGAAGACUUGGAGACUAAUUCGUCUGUAUCCGCUGUUGUCAAAAGUGGAGAAGUUCGAGCAGAUGGUGAUGAGGCUGAAACCAAUGAUAAAUCUUCAGAUAUUGUAAAAGAUGAUGAUAAGACAACACAGAGCACACAACCACAACAUGACUGGUGGCGUGGUGAACAGCUUAAGCAACGUGAAUUGUUUUUAAGCAGGCAAGUGGAAACAUUGGCAGCAACACAUAUACGUGGAAAAUGCACAGUAACAUUGUACAAUGAGACCGAGUCAUUGGACAGUUAUUUAGAAAGAGAGGACACAUUCUUCUAUUGUCUGGUAUUUGAUCCUGUCCAAAAGACAUUAUUGGCUGACAAGGGAGAAAUCCGUGUUGGUCAUAAAUAUCAGGCUGAGGUGCCACCAAAAGCACUAUUUAAUCGUGGUAGUGGUGAUGUAAAUGCAAAAGAUAUAACAGCAACAUUGGCAAAAGGAGAUAUAGUAAAAGAAGAAAAUAUUACUGAUGGUGAUGGAGAAGAGCCAAUGGUAACGGAAUGCAGUCGAGAUGAUGAAGAUGAUGAAGAGAAAGAUGUUGAUGCUAAAUCCUCUACUGCAGUGACUACAGUGACAACAAUAGGAACUGUAACAGCAGUGACAAUGGAAAGUGAUUCUGAACUUGAAACUUUGAUAUGGACAUGUAGGCCCCAGUGGAAUCGUUUGACCGAUAGACAAAUAGAUCAGUUUUUGGUUGUUUCACGAUCAUUAGGCACAUUUGCUCGUGCCUUAGAUUGUACCAGCUCAGUAAAACAGCCUUCAUUGCACAUGUCAGCAGCUGCUGCAUCACGGGACAUCACAUUGUUUCAUGCUAUGGACACACUGCAUAGACAUGGUUAUGAUCUGGGUACUGCUACCUGUUCCCUAGUGCCUAGUACCGGUCCUGUAUUGUGCCGUGAUGAAAUGGAAGAAUGGUCAGCUUCCGAAGCAAAUUUGUUUGAGGAAGCGUUGGAGAAAUAUGGCAAAGACUUUGGUGACAUACGUCAUGAUUUUCUUCCCUGGAAAACGCACAAAAACAUAGUUGAGUACUAUUACAUGUGGAAGACCACAGAUAGAUAUGUGCAACAGAAGCGUGUUAAGGCUGUAGAACAAGAAUCCAAGUUGAAACAAGUGUAUAUACCUUCUUAUAAUGGAUCAACGAGUGGUGGAAAACAGCAGGCUAUAACAUCAGGCGUAACAAUAAAAUCUUCACAGCAACAGCAGCUUGUAAAUGGUAACUCGGCAGCUGUGGAGCUGUAUUCUCCUAAAAAUGGUAGUAGUGGAUUAUCUAUAACAGGGGAAGGACCAUUACAACCUGGAUUAUGUGAUUUAUGUGACGCUGUGUCUUCACAACAAUGGUAUCCAAACACCAUAGGAGCUACAACCGGAACAACCUCAAUAUCUUAUCAUCAGCAAAAUGGAGGAUUAUCUUCUACAUUAUGUCAUGAGUGCUGGACUCAUUGGAAAAAAUAUGGAGGUCCCAGAACUGCUACUUCAGAUAAAAAAGUUAUUGCAACUGCAAGGGGAGGGAGUAUGUCCGGAGACGAAGAUCGACCACACUCAAAUGCGUCGUCUAGUUCUCUAGCAGCAGCAAUGAACUUGAAUGUAUCAGCUGGUGGUGGAAGAUCUUCAUCACAUGGACCCACUAUGUCGACUCCACCCCAUCACCACCACCACCUUAUGCACCUUGGUGGUAGUGGAAGUAGUCACCAUAGCAGUUAUCAUCAUCAGUCACAACACCACCACCAUCAACAGCUUCACCAUCAACAACAACAGCUACAGCAACAACAACACCAAUCGGCAUCGUCUUCACCAAGUGGUGGUGGUUUAUUACUACACCAACCACAUAUUAAUUCGUCUGGAUCAACAACAACUGCUCAUAGGUGCACUAUUAUAGGGUGCCAAGCAGCUCCAUUCAAGAGUAAGUCUCAGCUGCUACGGCAUUACAGUACAGCACAUGGCAUCGGGAUAAAUUCCAAUAGCAGUAGUAGUCCUAGUGCCAUCAUUACGUCAAUUGGUGGUAGCAGUAGAUCUUCUGGAAGUGCUGGUCUUGAUGGUGGUGGAAGUGGAAAAUUAUCACCACAGCCACCACAGCAACAACAAACCAUUUCUGGUGCAGGACUUCUUCACCAUAAUUCUGGAGGACCUUUAAACUUGAACAGCAGCAAUUCGAAUCAACACUCGAUCAGCAGUGGUUCUGCUAACCAAGUAAUUAAUCUCAUUGCAUCAUCAUCUUCACCACAACAACAGCCCAACAACCUAUCUACAAGUGGUGGAGGCAUAACAACAAAUACAGUUAUUGGAGCAGGAGGAGUAGCCACUGCCACUGGUAGGCCAGUUAUGAAGACAAGAACAGCAUUUUACUUGAGAUGUACAUCAUUGGCAAAAGCUAGUAGGCGCCGGUCCGCACAACAAGCAGCUGCUGCACUAUUACAGCAACAGCACCAUCAGAAAAAAGCUUCGUCUAGUGGAAAUCAAACAGCAUCUCUGCUAUCUCCUAUAGCAUCAGCUAUGGUACAGCCUGGAUGCUUAGCCCGUCCUAGAAAUGUAGCUCGAAGACCAUUUGUAUGUGUUCCACAAACAGCACACUCUUACAAACACGAAUGCAUGCUGUCAAUGCAACAUGCUCCAGUCCAUGAACUAAGAGCAUAUUUGAGGGCUGCUGCAGUUAAAGCGCAUGCCCGCCGACCUGGAGUUACUAGAGUAGCCAAUGCAUUAAUAGCUGCUAGGAGAGGUCGUGGUGGUAUGAAUUCAGCAACUGCUGCUGAUAUAGCUGUGCCAGAUUGGUUGUCUCUGCCUUCUCAGCAGCACCAGCAUCAGUCUUCACAUCAUCAUGUUUCGUCUUCAUCGAAACAUGGCAAACAUUCUUCAAGAUCAUCAACGGGCGGACGCGUCGCUUUUCCCAAGCCACCAAAGGCACCGGAUGGAAGUUUGCUAUAUGAACGAGUUCCAAAUAAACAGGAAGCUGCCGCGGCUGCGGCAGCUGCUACUUCUGCAUUGAACAACCCAUCCGCAGCUGCAGCAGCUGCUGCUGCUGCUGCAGCAGUUGGACUGAACCCGGCUGCAGCAGCCGCCAUACUCGGAGCUUUGGGGCCCCCGGGAUCAGCUAGUAGUGGUAGUUCUGCGGGGGCAUCUGGUUCGACAAAUGAUCAAUCGGCUACGGGGUUUGAUGUAGCAGCUGCAGCUGCUGCUCUCUACCAACAGCAGCAGCAACAGCAACAACAACAACUACAACAAGGCUCUUCAUCGUCAAGCAAUAAGAGGCGGCUAUAUGAAACCGAUAGUGCAUCUAUACAACAGCAACCACAACCACAAGCUGGGCCGCCAUCAAAACGUAUGCAUCGGCAGCAACAUCAUUCGCAACAGCAGCAGCAACAACAGCAAUCUUCUGCUCAUCAUCACCACGCCCAACAACACCAACAACCCUCAUCAACGUCACAAGGAGGUAGCGGAGCCGGCGGGGGUGCUGUAGAUGGAAUGCUGGCGUCGAUCGUGGCGCAUCAACAACAGCAACAACAACAGCGAGGUGGUACAUCAAGUGGAGGACCUUUACAAUUGACUGCCACUGGAAGUGGUGGUAAAUCCGGGGGCUCGGCAGGCCACCACCAGUCACAACAGCAUCAGCAGCAUAAUCAUUACAGGACACCAUCAAUGGCUCGAACUGGUAGAAAGCAUGUAAUAUCGUGGACGGACGCUCCUGAUGACCUGUAUUAUAGAUGUACUACAUUGUCUAGAUCUUUACGGAAAGCCAGGAUGACGGGUAAGGAACUAAGGCGGUCGGCACGCAAGCCAUGGCAACCGAUAGCCGCGCUUCUUGGCAUAUCGUUCACAAUGCCGUCCGCUGCUGCAUCGUCGUCGGCGACACCAUUAGGAACAGCAGGGCCUACGGGAUCACCGGCUCCACAAACCAAUAGUACAUCCGGAAAUUCAUCAUCAAUAGGGUCAGCUACACCAUUUGAUAUGUCUACCACUGGUGGUGGUACUAGCAGUAACAAUAGACAACCGUCCACCAUACCGAAUCCGUCGGCGGCACCGAUAGUAGCACCAUGUAUUAGUGGCGCGCUUACAAUGUCGUCACGUUCUAGUGGCGGCGGAAGUAGUCAUCACUAAGUACCACCGUAUUAUGUGGACUUAGGCACUGUUGGUGGUGAACAUCACCAACCGUUUGGACGAUAAUUUAGAAUUUCAAUUUUUUUUUCAUCAUCGUACUAUUUUAUUUUUAUACAUUAACAAUAAUCAUAUUAAUUUUAAUCCGAAUCCUUUCUAUAGGUUGAACCUAAAUAUGCUAAAAUUAUUUUUAUUAUUUUUUUUUUACUAUUAUUAUUAUUUUACUAUUACACACACACACUAUGAUUAUCGGACUUUAUUAUUAUUGAUUACAUAAUACUUGUAACAUUUUUAAUUAAUUAGGUGAUUUUUAUUUUUAUUUUUUUGGCUACACUGAGUAUUUUAUUAUAAUUAAAAUACAUAAUAUGAUUAUUACUUCGAUAUUGACUAUAUAUUGUAAUAAAAAUAAUGAAAAAUAUUGUAGCUUUUAAGGUCAUAUUUUUACAAACAACAUUAGCAAUCUAGCAGCCAUAGUUUUUAGCUUAAUUAGUUUAGAUGCGAUUUAAAUGAAAACAACUGUUGUAUAAUUGAUUGUUUUUUUUAUUGUAACAAAUAAUUUUCUUAUGACUACACGCACAUGUGACUUUUCUUUUUGUUUUAUGACUAUUUACAAAAUAAUAAAACAAUAAGACGCGACAUUUGAAUAAACGAUUAUAUAUAUAUGUAUAUAUAUUAUUAUCAUUUUACAUAAUAUAUAUGUAUGUAUGUAUUUAUGUAUGCAUGAAUAUAUAUUUACAAAAUAUAAUAUUGUUCAUAUUCAUACAUACAUUUUCGCAUAUUCAGUACAUAUAGUAUUUGACACGAUAAUGAAAUAGUAUACUCAGUUAGCCUUUAAGAAACGGCCAAACAGUCUAAUGCUAUUAGCUAGUCUAUUGUAGUAAUUUUCGCUCGAAUGUCACCUGACUCUUGCUGUUGGACUAGUACCACUGACGUUUUCAGCUAUAGAAUCCUUGGAUAGGUUGAGCGGCAUACAAUCUAACAGUAAAACAAAAAUAUUAAAUGUCUAUGUAAUUAUAAUAAUACUUAUAAAUAAUAAGUAAAAGGGUUAAUUUUAA